UAGAAAUACAUAGAUUACAUAGAAAGGUCGCAAAAAUGGAAGGAGAAAGUAAUGAACAUAAACAUCUGGUUGAAACUUUGGAGAAUACAAUAGAAGAAAGCAAUACUAAUCUUCGUGUUGCAAAACAACAAUUACAAAUAUUACAACGUGAAAAGAUGGAUCUAGUAGACCAAAUUAAACUAUUAAAAUCACAACUGGAUGAAACCACAGCGCAGUAUGAAAACGCGAAAUCAUCUGUGCAGGAAGAAAAGAAAGUUAUAGAAACUGUUUUGGAAGAAGAAAGAAAAGCUAAAGAGAGCGCAGAAAAAGCAAGAAGACAACUGGAAAGUCGUAUGGAAGAACUUAUGGCGAAGAGAAGCAA